AAUACUGGAAAUAGAUUUGCUCUGUUUCUGAGCAGAAAAGGGAAGAAAGUAGAUACUGAGAUAUUAGGUACUACACUAACUCUGAACUGCUGCUGUGAGAAGGAUUAGCCUUGAGCAUUAAUCAUCAUAGGCUGACAGAGUUUACUUGUAACUUUCUAAAGGAUUUUUCUUGUGUGAAGGUCAAGAUAAGUUCCCUGCAGGAAAACUGAGAAUCCUGGGUUGACUGUACUGGAGAAUUAAAUGGAGACUAUUUACAGAAUAUUUACAGAAGGAUGGACUAGACCUCAGCUAAUGUAUUUUGAGAUAUUUGGAGUAUAGCUUCAUCUCUGUAUAAAUAUGGAAUAGGAAGAAAAAAGCUGCACUAAUUCAAAUAAAAACCUGGUUAGUCUUUGACAGAUAAUUCAGUUCAGAUUACUGGUAGUUGAGUAGAUGUUUUCUAUUUGGAAAAAUCUUGCUCAAGUGAAUGACUUAGGUAGCAUGCUUCUUGCCUUGAAGAAGGUAGUAUUCUAGUGAACAGCCAUUCUUUGCAGCCUCUGUCAAUUAGAAAAACUUAGUCUGAAAUUCUGGUGAUAUCUUAGACAUUUCUGGAAAUUUCAGCCUCAGUGAGAGUGCUGAGAACAUGGUGGGGGGUUGUUUGUUGUUUGUUUGCUUUUGAUUUUUGUUAUUUUAUUUUGUGGGGGUUUUUUGUUUGUUUGUUUGGUUUCUUUUGUAAUUACUGUGAACUAACUCUGCUUUGUACUGUUUUAAUCUUUUGCCUUGCAAGUGUUGGUAGAGCAGGUCAGAAUUUAAGACUAUGAAAUCCAUGUAAUUAUAUGGAAUAUUUCUUUUGUCUGCUGUUUCCCUAGAGUUACGAUAGAGCAGACUUUUUUCCCUUGCUGUAAUACAAAGUAGGUUUGACAUUGUUGUUGCAUGUGUGUAGAUGUGUGUUUCAUGUGUGAGGGUUAUUGAUAAAUUGGACUGUAACACAUGGUGGAGGUGUAUUGGAUUUGCAUGGCAAGAUUUUGGUAGCGGGGAGCUCCAAGGGAAGGCUUCUGUGAGAAGCUGCUGGAGGCUUCCCCCAUGUCUGGCAGAGGCAAUGCCAGGCAGCUCUGAGAUGGACCCAACUAUGGGUCCAGGGCCAAGCCCAUCAGCCAUGGUGGUAGCCUCUGGGGUAAUAUAUUGGAAAAGUAUAAAAAGCUGCUGCACAAUAACUACAGCCAGAGAGAGGAGUGAGAUUGUAUGAGGGAAACCACUCUGCAGACACCAAGGUGAAGUGGAAGGAGGUGCUCCUGGUGCCAGAGCAGAGUCCCUUGCAGCCUGUGGUGAAGACUAUGGUGAGAGAGGUUGCUCCCCUGCAUCCCUUGGAGGCCCAUAGAGGAGCAGAUAUCCACCUGCAGCCUGUGAAGGACCCCAUGCCGGAGGAGGUGUGUGUACCUGACUGAGGCUGUGAUGGCAUGGAAAGCCCAUGCUGGAGCAGGCUCCAUGUAGGACCUGUGAACUCAUGGAGAGAGGAGUCCAUACUGCAGGAGGUUUUCUGGCAAGACUUGUGACCCCACUGGGCACCCGCCCUUGUGCAGUCUUUCCUGAAGAGCUGUGACCUGUGGAAGGGAGACACUCUGGAGCAGUUUGUGAGGAACUGAGGCCUGUGGAGAGAGCUCAUCUUAGAGAAAUUUAUGAAGGAUUGUCUCCUGUGGAAAGGAGUCCAUGCUGGAGCAGGGGAAGAGAAUGAGGAGGAAGGAGAAAUAGAGAGCUGUAGCAGAAGUGCAGCUUCGUGAUGAUCAAUAUACCCUUGACCACAUGCGUGCUUUUGGCAUGUAUAAUUAUCUUCAUCUUGAUUGCUGGUACCAGGAUAAUGUCUACUAUGUUGAUCAGUUUGGAAGGGUUAUGAAUCUGUCAGUGACUCUGGACACUGCUCUCCAAAAGCCAAGAGAAGUUUUCAGGCUACCUACAGACUUGACUGCGUGUGAUAAUCGCCUUUGUGCCUCAAUGCAUUUCUCAUCGUCAACGUGGGUUACCCUUUCUGAUGGUACAGGAAGACUGUAUUUAAUUAAAUCAGGCAAGCGUGGAAACAGUGCAUCUGAAAAGUGGGAGAUUGUGUUUAAUGAAGAACUAGGAAGUCCAUUUAUUGUAGCACACAGUGUUUCAUUUGUAAAAUCUGAUGCACAUUCACUAGCUGUGCUGCUGCUUAGAGUAGAAAAAGAUGAACUGGACACAAAAGGAAGUGGAUUUCAUGUUACCUUGGAAUGGGUUACAGUUGCAGGAAGAAAUGAGGGUGAUCAUGGAUAUGAAAUCAUUAAAAGGAGAGUUUUGCAAGGAAAAUCAGUCCCCCAUUAUGCAGCAAUAGAGCCAAGUGGGGAUGGUCUAAUGAUUGUUUCCCACAAACCAUUCACAUUUAUGCAAAGUGAAAGUGACAAAGUAGAAGAAAAUGAUGAUGCAAAAGUAUCAAAUGAAAAGAAAGACCCUCUCUACUACUGGCAGCAGACUGAAGAUGAUGUGACCAUAACAGUUCACGUGCCUCAAGACAUCAUGAAAGAUGACAUAAAAAUACGUUUUUCCCCUGAUAAUCUAUGUGUUACACUAAAAGACCAGCCUCCUUUGAUGGAGGGAAAGCUCUAUUCAUCUGUGGACCAUGAAAGCUGCACAUGGGUAAUUAGAGAGGACAAAAGUUUGGAAAUUUCUCUGAUUAAGAAAAAUGAGGGAUCCCGAUGGCCAGAACUAAUUCUUGGUGACUCAAGAGGGGAAUUCAUUAUGGAGCCUUCCCAAUGCUCUGAAAUAGCUGAAAGCCUGAUGCAUCUUACCUCUGAAGUAAUGAAUCCAAACCCUGAAAAGGAAAAUCCACCUUGUAAUGCUCAAGAGUUAGAAGAAUGUGAUGCUUUUCUUGAAGAUGGUGCAAGCUUGUGCAGAUUUGAUGGCAAUGCCUUGAAAGUCACUCACAUAAUUAAUCUUGGAAGCAACCAGUAUCUUUUCUCAGUUGUUGUGAAUCCCAAAGAAAUGCCAUGCUUCUGCCUGAGGCAUGAUGUUGAUGCUCUUCUGUGGCAGCCUCACUCUGACCAACCAGAGAAUAUGUGGGAACACAUUGCAACUUUUAAUGCUUUAGGUUAUGUCCAAGCAUCAAAGCAAGACAAGAAGUUCAUGGCUUGUGCUCCAGAUUACUCCUACGCUGCUCUUUGCGAGUGCUUGCGACGAGUUUUCAUCUAUCGCCAGCCGACUCCUCUGGCCACAGUUCUGUACAACAGGAAGGAAGGAAGACAAGUAGGACAGGUUGCUAAGCAGCUGGUAGCAACCCUGGAAGCCAAUGAUCCUAUCUUAGGCUUUCAAGCUACAAGUGAGAGAUUGUUUGUUCUCACAACAAAAACCUUGUUUUUAAUAAAGGUGAACUCUGGAAAUUAAUUAUUCAGUGUGCUCUGCUGUAGUUUGUGUUAACAAUUUGCUGUAGAAGUGAGUUGGUAGAUGAUUUGACAAGUUCAGUGCAAUUUGCUGAAAGUCAGAAAGGGCAUGUUUUACAGGGGAAUCAAAUUUCUUCAUUAGAAUUUUUCUGUAAGAAAGUGAGUUUUUUGACUUGGCUGCCAUGGAAGUAAGCUUUUUCAGAGCUAUGGUAAAAUGUCUUCUGAAUUUACAUCUUUGUCACAGUAAUUGUCAGAUGCUGCUACUGCAUAGGUGAAUAGUUUUUUGUGUUGCUUUUUCCAAGUGGCUUUAUUUGCUAUACUUCUGAGUUUUGAGUAUUCACUGCUGUUUCCACUGUUAACCUAUGAAAAAGUAGUCGCAUAAAGAGAUACAAUGUGGAAAGUAGCAUGUACCAUAAAGAAAACAAAUCCCUGUUCAAAUACUGUUGACCAAAGAACUUACAUGGUAUUUUGACAUUCAGUAGUUUUGAGUGAAAUGUGAGUGAAAUGAGUGGGGUAUUAUGUUUCUUAUACAGGUAAUUAAAUGGAGCAAUUUUACUGUAUAUGCACAUUUUAAAUUAUUGGUUUGGCACUUAUUUAUACUUGCAAUAAAGUCUGUUCACAUUUCUAGAAUACACUUUAGUAGCUUUUUCCAGAAGAAUAAAAGAGUCAGUAUAUAGCUGGCAAUUAUACAUCAAGUGCUGUUACUUAAGGUCUUGUCAUACUCUCAGUUGUGCCAUUUUCACUUGACUUUAUGCUUCAUUUCAAGUGACUAAUUUACAGUGAGAAAUUGCUGACAGAAAAAGCACUGGUAUUGUAACCUGGGAUGGGAUACUCAGAGCUGCUUCUGCCUCAGAUGCCACUGUAAAUGCUGCAUUGUGACUUAACUGUUCUGUCUGAUGUCUGUGAUGCCUGAGUCAAAACGUGAUAUAUUUGCAAUGUAAGAGUACUCAGGCCAGUGAGGAUGCUUUGGUUUAACAAACUGGUAUGGUUAAUUGGUUUGAAUAGUUGUAUCUGAAGAUUUUUUUGUUUCUUAUUUUAAAUUGACAUUGUCAAUACAUUUAAACCAAAGAGUCAGUUGUGACAGCUCCACCCUGGGCUGGACUUUCUUCAUAGUUGGCUUACAAAUCCAUAGCAAAAAAUGCCUAAUAUGUUGUGUAUGGUUGGAAAGCUGCUCUCAUCAAAGUACUGAGAGACACAAAUACAGGCAGCCUUUUAGUUUGCAUCUCCCUACUAGUAUUAUUUCAGAACUCUGUAAGAAUCUAUUGAGAGAAGAGUAAGUUUCUUUAGUUGUGACUGUUUCGACUCUCCUGUAAAUUCUCCAGAUUUGUAUCAGUGAGCUGAUUAAAUAGCAAGAGGGAGGCAAGCAGUUGCAGCUUGCAAAACCCUCCAAAUGCAAAAGCUUUUCAAGGGACCUGAUUUUCCUUCUCCUCACAGCAGGAUUAUAUUGUAAAUCCAAUAUUGAAAAGCUUUUAUUUACUUUUACUUGGGUAACUUAAAACAGACCGGAUUUGUAAACUUCUUUUCAUUCUGUCCUUUUAAAACUGUCUUGAAAAUGCUUUUUGGAAAGGCUCACUGAAUGUAUUACCAUUGCAUGAUUAUUUUGCAUCUAAAUUUUAUUUGUUGUCCAGUAAUGUCAAACAAGGUCGUAGAAUCCCUGCAGAGGUCCUAUGAGUGCUCUUGGAUGCAUGUGAAUAUUACUUAGUAACCUGGGGUUUAAUCUUUGGGUAUACAGAAUUAAGAAUGUGGUACU